GCAGCUGAAGCUGGUGCAGAGCUGCCCCUGGGUGCAUAACGCCAGCGCCCUGGGCCAGUACAGAGCUCCCCGUUUCAGGACGCCCCCUACGAGUGCUGCGCCGUGGUGGGGAGCGGGGGGAUCCUUCGUAACAGCAGCUGUGGCCCCGAGAUCGACCGCGCCCAGUUCGUCAUCAGGUUCAACCUGCCCCCCAUGGGCUUUGCCGAGGACGUGGGCACCAAAUCGAGUGUGGUCACCAUGAACCCCAGCAUCCUGCACGACCGGUUCAGGGGUCUGAACCGCCGGCGACGCCCCUUCGCGGAGGCGGUGGGCACCUACGGGGCCCCGCUGCUCCUCAUCCCGGCCUUCAGCUUCGCCGGCAUCAGCGCGGUCUCGUUCCAGGCCCUUUACACCCUGGAGGACUUCGGCUCCCCGGCCCGGGCCCUCUUCAUGAACCCCGAGUACCUGGCGCGGCUGGCCGGGCACUGGCGUCGCCGUGGGCUGCGCGCCAACCGCCUCUCCUCGGGCUUCAUGCUGGUGAACGCCGCCCUGGAGAUGUGCCGGCACCUCACCCUCUACGGCUUCUGGCCCUUCCCCAACGACCCCCAGGGGCGGCCCCUGCCCCACCACUACUACGACAACCAGCCCCCCAAGCCGGGCUUUCACGCCAUGCCCGACGAGUUCGCCCGCUACCUGGGCCUGCACCUGCAGGGCGCGCUGCGGCUGCAUCUGGGGCGCUGCCGGUGAGGAGGC